CACACCAAGUACUCCCCUCUCCUUCCUAGCUACCUAGCUACAACUUUAUUAUAUUACUCCCCAAAACCAACGACACAACCACUACUACUUCUUCUACUACAAACUCCCUCCCUUAGAUUCAUCGCUUUUUUUCACAACCCCAAAAAAACAAAAACAAAAACUAGCUAAGAUCGACCGCGUGCGACAAUGGAGACGGAGCUGAGACUAGGGCUGCCGGGAAACGGCGGCGGCGGCGGAGCCGGAGAUCAGGGAUCGGGCGAGGUGGUUCUGAUGAGGAAGAGAGGAUUCUCUGAGACUGAGAGUAGUACUACUACUAAUAAUCAUUAUCAGAAUAAUAAUAAUAAUGAUGAUAGUGUCAACAGUGCCAACAAUAAUGGUAUUCAUGUUGAUUUGAAGCUUAAUCUUUCUUCCAAGGAUAGGUCUGCCACUGAGACCAAAACCACUGAUGCCAGUAUUACUGAUUCUGACAAGGCAUCUAAGACCACCUCCUUCAUCCACAAGGAGAACAAUUUUCUUUCUGCACCUGAUCCUGCCAAGCCUCCUGCCAAGGCACAAGUUGUGGGAUGGCCACCGGUGCGAUCAUUCCGAAAGAACAUGUUGGCUGUGCAGAAUAAUAAGAGCAGCAGCAACAGCAACAGCAGUACUGACUCAGAAAGUGGAGCAGUGUUUGUGAAGGUGAGCAUGGAUGGUGCCCCUUAUCUCAGAAAGGUUGACCUUAGGAUGUACAACAGCUACCAUGACCUCUCUGAUGCUCUUACCAAAAUGUUCAGUUCCUUCUCUACCAUUGGUAACUGUGGAUCCCAAGGAAUGAAGGACUUUAUGAAUGAGAGCAAAUUGAUGGAUAUCUUGAACGGCUCUGAUUACGUCCCUACUUAUGAAGACAAAGAUGGCGACUGGAUGCUCGUUGGAGAUGUCCCUUGGGAGAUGUUCGUUGAAUCAUGCAAGAGGUUGCGCAUUAUGAAGGGAAAAGAGGCUGUUGGACUCGCACCAAGAGCCAUGGAGAAGUGCAAGAAUAGGAGCUAAGCUAUAUAUAUGUGGCACGUGCGUACGUACGUACGUGCGGCCUGCUCCUUUGAUCUCAUCGCAAUCAAUGAUCAAUGCAAUAAAAUCAUUAAGAUUAAUUAAGCAGACUCUUUCUGAAAGCGUGCAGAUGGAUUGAGCAGGUUGUUAGGGUCUUUAAUUAUUAUUAUUUGUAUUGAUUAAGAUAUAUAUGUAUGGUUUGAUAUAUAUAUAUAACUAAUGUGAGAAUUAUUAAUUUGGUUUUAUUUUCUUUUUUUUGGUCUUAAAUGUGGACAGAAACAAUCCCAAAGUUUUAUUAUGUUUCAAGAUACUGAUCGAUCAGCUAUGUUGAUUAAUGUGUGUGUUGCUUGUUUGUUUAGUCUAAUGGUUUGCCAAAUAAAAACAUAUAUGACAAUAUAUGUGUAUUAUGGUUUGUUCUAGUAAUUGUUAUUAUUAUUAUUAAUUA